UAUUCUUGAUGGGCAGGGGCAGCCGGAAAACCUCGAAUACCAAGAGGACCUGGAAUCCUCUCUCCCUAUUCUGCAGAAACAACCACCACUCACACUUAUUGUGGAAAUGGCGAUUAAUCCCCAAACCCUUUUUUUCUCUGCACAAGAACAAGCUAAUCCAAGCUGCACACACCACUACUCAUCACCGUUUGGCUGCAACCCCGGAAUGGGCUUCUCCCCUUCUUGCCCAGGGAGAGGAGACAAUGAAGAUUCAGGUGAACCAGGCGUUGGCGUCAAGGAGGCUCUCGUUCGAGCUAGAGGAAUCGUGUUCGAUUUUGGCGACGGCGGCGGGGUUCCCGUUCAAGGAGUGUGAGGUGGUGGCGAUGGAGACUGCGGAUCCGUACAGGGAGCUGGUAACCUCCAUGGAAGAGAUGUUGGAGGUUUAUGGGGUGAAGGGAGAUGAUGAAGGGAAUAAUAAGUUGGAUUGGGAGUGUUUGGAGAAUUUGCUGGCUUGGUACUUGAGGGUUAACAGCAAGGGGAUCCAUGAUUUCAUCGUUUCUGCGUUUGUGGAUGUGUGCUUUUCUCUCCUCUCCUCUGCACCCGAUAACAAUAAUCAUAAUAAUAAUGAUGAUAAACACAGUGAUCCAUCUUGAAUUGAAAUUCUCCGUAUUAUAUUUGGAUCA